UAAGCUCCAUUUAAUCCAUGCUCUGCAGCUUCUUUUUCUUUAGACAUUCUUCAGAAUCAAUACAGAGAAGAAAGUAAACUAUGGAAAAGAAGGGAAAGGCAAUAGUAGGUGGAAUUUCAAUCAUCCUUGUGGUUGGAGCAGUAGUUGGUUGUGUAGCUGUUGUUUCACAUAAUCGCAGCAAAGGCAAGGAUAGGCUUUCGACGAGUUCCAAGGCCGUCACUGCAAUGUGUGAACCAACUGAUUACAAGGAUGAAUGCAUUGACAGCCUGGCUGACGCUGCCAAGAAUCAAAGCGCCACCCCAAAAGAACUUAUUCGAGCCGCCAUUGAUUACACAAUCGAUAAGGUGAAAGCGGCAAUAGAGAAAUCAGAUGGCAUUAUCAAAGAAGCUAAAAAUGUCAAUUCCACUGGAAAAAUGGCCUUCGAGGAUUGCAAUGACUUGUUGGAAUCUUCAAUCGAAAGUCUUCAAUAUUCGCUUUUGACACUCGUUGAUACUGAAAUGCAAAACAUGAAUAAUAAAGAGGUUGAUCUUAAGAACUGGUUCAGUGCUGCGAUAUCAUUUCAGGAAUCAUGCAUUGAUGGGAUUCCAUACGAAGACCUUAAGAACCAAAUGAACGAGGCGAUGCUCCAUGCUUCACAACUGACCAGCAACGCCUUAGCAAUUGUGUCUUCCCUUGCUCCCAUCCUAGGCAAAUUCAAUAUCUCCAUGAAAACUGACAGUAAAAGUUCAACCAGUCGUCGUCUCCUGGAUGUAGAAAUGGAAACGGAUGAACAUGGCACUUUUCCAGCAUGGUUCCCAGCUGCAGAUAGGAAGCUAUUCGCACACCACAACAAGAACAAUAACAAUAGCAGCAACAACAACAACAACAACAACAACAACAACGACGACAACAACAACAACAACAACAACGGGAGAGUUACACCCAACGCAGUAGUGGCAAAAGAUGGGAGUGGACAAUACAAAACAAUUGGUGAAGCUCUUGCUGCGUACCCAAAGGGAUUCCAGGGAAGAUAUGUUAUAUAUGUGAAAGCUGGGAUUUACAAUGAGUAUGUUACUGUGGCCAAGAAUCAGAUCAAUGUGUACAUGUAUGGAGAUGGACCCCGGAGGACCAUGAUCACAGGCAGUAAAAGCUUUGCUGAUGGCAUCACCACCCAGGACACUGCCACAUUCAUCGUAAUGGGGCAUGGGUUCAUUGGUAGAGCAAUGGGAUUUCAGAACACAGCCGGCCCCGAAAAGCAUCAGGCAGUGGCACUCCGAGUCCAGUCGGAAAUGUCAGCCUUCUUCAACUGCAGAAUGGACGCCUACCAAGACACAUUGUACGUGCAAGCAUAUCGCCAAUUUUAUCGCAACUGUGUCAUAUCCGGUACCGUUGACUUCAUUUUUGGUGACUCAUCAACAGUCAUCCAGAAUAGUUUACUCAUUGUGAGGAAGCCUAUGAACGGCCAAAAGAACAUUGUGACUGCUCAUGGAAGAAAAGAUAAGCGGGAAACCACUGGUCUGGUUAUCCAGAACUGCAGGAUAGUCCCAGAACAGGCUUUGUUCCCAAUGAGAUUCCAGAUUCAGUCAUACUUGGGGCGGCCGUGGAAGAUGUACUCGAGAACAGUUAUCAUGGAGUCCGAAUUUGGGGACUUUAUCCAACCAGCCGGUUGGCUAGAAUGGCAAGGGACUUUUGGACUAGACACACUGUAUUAUGCAGAGUAUGCAAAUCGGGGUCCGGGUGCCGUAACCACAGGAAGGGUAAAAUGGAAAGGAUACCAUGUGAUUACGGACAGAAAUGAGGCUCUUCAAUUCACUCCGGGUAAUUUUCUAACAGGAGACCAAUGGUUGAAAGACACGGGUGUACCUUACUUCCUGGGUUUAAAAAACUAGCUCACGAUCUCAUUUCAACCCAAACUACUGACACCUGAAGAUCAACUGUCACCUGAUUUCAUCGGAAUACAAAGAAAAAGGUUGAACUUACUCUGAAGAUAGAAUAGAUAUUAGGAAGAGAGGAUGGCGCUGUUGAUCAUCACCCCACCUAGUUUUUUUUAUUUAUUUAUUUAUUAUUAUUUAAAGAGGAUCAAAGGAUUUCACUCCUGCCCCCAUGGUGACUCGAAUCCAUGGUGAUCGUCACCCCACCUAGUGAUAACUGAACUGAACCAGUACCCUUCCGUGCACUGCUGUAUACAUAUAGCUCUAUCUGUAGUUCUGUACAGUUUUCUGAUUUGUACCCCUUAGUCUUGUACCUCUUGUAUAGCAUUCCUAUGCACCCAAUGACCAAUGCUGUAUAUUCAUUCGGCCUAAUAAGUUCAUGUGCAUUGUUUGUUUA